AUGGCCACCAAAAUUGACGAGGAACAACUCAUGAACGACAUGUUGUGCCGAGUAAAAGCGGUGAACAACAUGCCUCACGACAUUCGUGCAACCCUUUUGGAUUUUAAAGUGGAUGGUUACAAGGUUGGAAAAGUCCGACCUGGAAUCGCUGAAAUGCUGUGCAAUAUGAAAACGUCGGUAUUCGAAUUGAAGCAAGAGGAUGAUAGUAAAAAAAAAUCUUAUUUGACAUUGACCUCUGAUGCAGGAACCUCUUCGGAGGAACGCACCAAAGCCGUCGGAACUGUGAUGAACCAACUCCGUGACGAAGGUUUCGUCAAGGGUUGGAGGGACGAAUUGUUUCCCGUUUCCGAAAACUUUUACAGUCCACCUGUAUUUCUCAUGGAACGUGCUGCUGUAACCGUCUUGGGAGUCUUGGAAUACGGUGUCCACAUCAAUGGCAUCGUCCAGGAAUCCCGACAGGACGAACCAAAGAUGUGGAUUGGCCGACGGUCGGCCACCAAAUCCAAGUUUCCAGGCAUGUUGGAUCACAUUGUUGCUGGUGGACAACCAUCCGGAAUCUCCUUAAUAGAUAAUGUAGUGAAGGAAUGCGAAGAAGAAGCAGGCAUUGAGGAAAGUAUUGUAAGAGCUGGAGUCCAGUCGGUGGGAGCCAUUAGUUACGAAAACUGGGAUCCCAAGAGCGACAAACUGACUCGAGCCGUCCAAUUCACGUACGAUCUCUACCUCCCCCCAGACUUUGAGCCAAAACCAGUCGAUGGAGAAGUCCAAGGCUUUAUGCUUUGGACCAUGGACCAGGUCAAGGAAUCCAUGGCAAUGGACUAUGCCGAUCCGAUCAAACCCAACUGUUAUGUUGUCAUUAUUGAUUACCUCAUACGAACUGGUCAAAUUUCCCCAGACUCGAAUGGCUUUUUGGAUAUUCUGCGAGAACUGCGGAGCGGUGAUUGCCAAUAA